AUGCGUCCUGCUAUUUGGGAUUCAAGAUGUAGAGAAUACAGCAACAGGAUUGUAAAACGCAGAGCAUGGGAAGAAUUGUGUCAACUGUUUAUUCCAGGAUUUGCAAAUGAAACAACAGAUUUCAAAAACCAAAAGAAAAGAAAUGUCUUCACUUCAGCAGCACAGUUGCAAAAGAGGUGUAAAAAUGUAAGAGAUUCGUACACUCGAGAGCUGCAAAAACAGAAAAAUGUGAAGAGUGGUUCAGAGGCAGAUGCCAGGAAGCCGUACAUUUUAUUCAAGCAACUUUGGUUUUUAGCGCCUGAAGAUAAUGAUAGAUUAUUUCUCUUGUCAUUGCUACCUCAUUUCAAGGCCAUACCUGAAGAAAAGCGGUUCCAGACAGACGUAAUCAAUGAGGACGUCGUCGAAAAUUUCCCCGUCAAUGCCACCUUAAUAGCUAAGUUGGUGCCCAAAGAUCCAGUGUUAUCAAAGAUAAAGUAG